AUGGACAACUUUCGCGACACCUGCGUUGGUCAAUUUCUACGUCUAAUAACGUGCAACAAGAUCCUACAGUACCCUGAUGAGAUCCACCCGGAAGCCUACCGACAAGCAAUCAGCACCGACCGGACCCUCACACAGGCGCAGUCGUUGCAAUCAUGGACCACAACGCGCAAUACAAAUAUACUAGAAAGUGGAGAGCGUUCCGCCAUCCGACCACUAACGAGCCGGCACUCAACCAUGGCAAGCAUCUUCAGCGUCGGCUCGAGAGAUACUGCGACGAACACUUCGACACCUCCGCCCGAAGCGGACCCUGACCUCACAAAGCUCGAGACUCAAGCUGACGACACCGAUACCAAGAUCGUGACGUGGAUCAAUGACUUCGACCCCGCGAAUCCGCAAAACUGGUCCUUCUUUAAGAAGUGUGUGACCACGGCUCAGGUGUGCUUACUCACGCUCUCGAUCUACAUUGGCUCCGCAAUCUAUACGGCCGGGGUAAGGGAUAUUGAACAAUAUUUCGGUAUUAGCGAGGUUGCUGCAGUGUUGGGCCUUACGACUUUCGUACUUGGGUAUGGGACUGGUCCGAUGUUUAUUGCCCCAUUCGCCGAAGCUCCUCCCAUCGGACGCUCUCCCGUCUACAUCCUCAGCAUCUUCUGCUUCAUCUGCUUGAACUUUGGCGUCGUUUACGCUCGCAACUUGGGCAUGUUAUUGGCCUUCCGGUUCCUGACCGGCUUUGUCGGUUCGCCCGUGCUUGCCACGGGAGGUGCCAGCAUGGCCGACAUCUGGUCACCCAAGAAGCGUGGCUACCCCAUCGGGACGUGGGGCAUCUUUGCGGUCUGCGGGCCCGUACUGGGCCCAUUGAUCGGUGGCUUCGCUGCCGAAGCGAAGGGCUGGAAAUGGACGAUCUGGGAACUUAUCUGGCUCAACGGCUUUGUCUUUGUGCUGCUUGCGUUUUGCCUUCCCGAGACCAGCUCUGCGACGAUAUUGUACCACCGCGCCCGCCGCCUGCGAAAGGCACUGGAUAAUCCGGCGCUCAAGACGGAGGCGGAGAUCGAAGCGCAGGGCAUGCCAAAGAGCGAGAUCGCCCGGGCCGCGCUGUGGCUGCCCUUCAAACUCACCUUCUGCGAGCCAAUCCUGCUGUUCACGGACGUGUACCUCGGCCUCGUCUACGCGGUGCUGUACUGCUGGUUCGAGGCGUUCCCGCUGACCUUUAGGGGUAUUUACAACUUCAGUCUCGGGACCGCCGGCCUGGCGUAUUUGGGCAUCUUGGUCGGUGCGCUGGUGUGUCUGGCGCUUUACUUCGGGUUCCUAUACUUCGUGCAGGAGAAGCAGUUCGAGGACGGGACACUGACGCCUGAGGCAAGGCUUCCACCCGCGAUCGUGGGCUCGAUUUUCUUGCCGAUCUCUCUGUUCUGGUUUGGCUGGACAGCGAGGGAGAGCGUGCAUUGGAUCGUGCCGAUCAUAGGGUCGAGCUUCUUCUCGAUCGGCGGGUUGUUGCUGUUCAAUGCCAUUCUCAAUUAUCAGGGCGAUGCGUAUCCAAAAUACAUUGGCUCCGUCUACGCCGGCAAUGAUCUCGCACGGUCUGCCAUGGGAGCCGGGUUCCCCGUCUUCGCGGGCGCCAUGUUCAGAAAUCUCGGCUUGAACUGGGGCUGCUCGUUGCUGGGAUUUCUUUCGAUCGCUUUCAUCCCCAUUCCGGUCAUGCUUUACGUGUGGGGACGCAAGAUUCGCUUGGCAUCGAAGUUUGCCCGACAUGAUAUUUGA